UUCAUCGGUGUAAUGGGCGGGAUGCCCCCCCGAGGAGUCCCAUCUUCUGUAACUCCUACACCCUCGCCCUCCACUAUUGGACCGACUGCUGUGGGCAUGGCUCCUUUAGGGGGUGGAGUUGCAAAAACUCCUCCUACACCUGCCUCGUCAGUGCCCGCCCCCCUGCAGGCUGGAAGGACACUUUAUUACAGUCUCCGCCUCCACACAGAACCCACAACAUUACCUGUCCAUAAAGCCCCUCCUCCCUCUUCAGCAGUGGCGGCGACGUCCGUCGAAGGGCACAAUGUUGGCUCUGCUCCGCAGGGGGCCAAAGAGUCUUUACUACGUCAUGUUGGAGGAGGCAGCACCCAGGGCCUUCCCAUGAUUGGUCGGCUUACCCAGGAGGCCAGACUGCUCUCCGCCUCCCAGCCGACUCUCCCCCACCGCAGCUGGGCGAGCGUGCAACCUCACCCGCCUCUCCAUCGCAAAGCAUCCGGAGGAAACCUGCUUCCGGCACCCUUCGCUUUGUCAUCAGGACUUGCUAGAGGAGGAAGUGCAGGUGUUUUGAGCUCAAACGCGCCUGGUGCCACACAGGUGCCGACACAAACACCCCUGCUGUUGGCACACACACCUCCACUCACAUCAGCUCCAGGAUCAAAUCCGUCACCCCUUGCCCCCUUCUCGUUCUCCUCAAAGCAAACCCCUCUUUAUUCCACCAACCCUCCUUUAUCCCUUGCGGCCACAUCUUCUGGUCUAGGGGUUCCUCAAACCCAGCGAGCCAAAUCAGGCACUCCGAUACCUACUCCUCCUUCAACCUCUCCUCCUCCUUGCCUACGCCCUCCUUCUCCCUCUCAGUCCACCUCCACCUCUCCAACUUCACCUUCCGGCACCUCUUUGGCUCAGAAUUCCCGUACCAAACUCUCUCAGACGCCUCCUCCACCGUCCCCGUUAUCCUGCACCACCAACUCAACGCCCACCAUCACUCCUUCUCAAACCCCCACCCCGACCCGAACCCCAACCCCUGUUCAAACCCCUAUUCAGACCCCCACCCAAUCUAGAACACCAGUGGCCAUCCAAACCCAAUCCCAGGGUCGGUGUCCAACUCCCGUCCAGAUCCCAGCAGCUGCACAAGCUCCGACCUCAACCUCCAUUCAGAGUCUGCUUCCCACUCAGACUCCAAGUAAACCUAUGAGUUCCACCAUGGGUCAGAGUGCUGCUGUCCAGAUGCCAGCCGCUGUCCAUGUUCUUGGUCCUCCUUCGACUUGUUCUGCAGUCUCCAGUCAAACCCAAACCUCAACUACCAUACAGACUCUGAGCCCUUCCUGGACCCCAGGCUCUCCUAUCAAUACCCCAGCCCAAAGUGGACCGUCAACCCCUGUUCUGACCCAAUCGCAGACACAAGCUCCACUUGCUAAAGCCCCUGCUGCUGCACCAUCACCUUCUCCCUCAUCAACUCCAUCUCCAGCUGCUUCACACCCACAGAAGCUCGCUGCUAGCCAGACUCAGACCUUAAACGUUCUGUCCACUCCAACCUUAAGUCCAUCUUCCAUUCCUGCUUCCACUGCCUCCUCAUCUACAGUCCUCCAGUCCAUCUCCACUUCAACAAAAGAGGCAAAGAAAGACCAGUUUGAAUUGCAGCGGUCUGACUGGUGAACCAAUGUAUUCAUGUUGAUUUCUAGCAAAACAUGCAAGAUACAGUGGAUUUCCUUGCUUGUGGAGCCCCAAACACUGCACAUUCUGCAUGUUUCACACCUGAUUCAGGUCAUCAGCUCUUUAGUAGAGACUCCAAGACCUGAAAUUGGUAUGUAUCAGACAAAGGAGACAUUGAAAAUGUACAGUGUUUGGGGACCUCCAGAAACAGGGAUAGGAACCACUGUGCUAGAGAACCAGCAUGAUGUUUCUACAGAGGCCCUAAAGUCAUACUUGAGUAUAAACGCUGGUCUUUUCAACAGGGAUCUGGUAAAUUAAUGCUUUUAAAUUUUUCACAGAAUAGACCCACAUUCUGUCAUUUGCCAAAAAUGUCUUAAAGGGAAUGUAACAACUGCAAAACUGCCACUACUUUAAGAUGCAUUUGCACAGCCUUGUUAAAAAUAAAAAGUAUCAGAACACCAGAGAACGUUUUAUAAGACAUAUAACAUCUCCUCCAGAACACAAAUAGCAUUUUCGGAUCAGAUCACUCACAACCUGGAGACUAUAAAAUGACCUCUCUAAGCCGAGCACCAGCUAGGGAAUUACCAUCACACCUUCUGUCAUUCAAUAUUAGUGACUGAACUUUUGUCACAGGAUUAGAAAUAUAGCAAAUCUUUUUGCACUUUAGUUCAUGAGUCUAAUAUAAAGUGUCCUGGAAUCCUUUGGGCACCAUACUGGAAUAAUAAAUUUUGAGUCUGGAA